AUCAUCCGUUUUAUUAUGUUGCGUUAUAAAAAAAUACAUUGCAAACAUUAAGAUUUACACCGUUGUGCAAGAUAUCAUUGCAUGAUAAAUCUUUCAUGUCAUUUGCUCACAAUGUCUAUCCGUUCCUGGGACAUGCGCAACUAGUAUCUCGACUAGCUCACGUCGAGAUGAUAUUCGGAAUGUAUUUACAUCGUCGCAUACGGGUCGUGAGUGUGAAAAACACGAAAUCAUUUUUCUUACAAAUGUUCUCGCGGGCGCAUGUAGUCAAAAGUGAUGUUAUCGAAAAGUGAAUACUCAAUCGGUCUUAUUUAUGCUGCUUGUAGUUUGAUGCAUUAAUUAGAUAACACAUAUAUAGCCGGCCACACAACGGUUCUUAAAAGUAGCUUCGGAAAUUGACUGUCGCCAGAAAUCUUGCAUCGCAUAAUAGAAUAAGUUGAAACCUCACCAGUUGAAACCUUCGAGAAAAAAUCGCGCCAGAGAAUCAAACGUGCUCGCAUCUAUCAUGUCGAAGACUAAAGACCUCACCAAAUUUUCGGCUGUACAACUGCAGGAGUUUUUAACAUCUUUCGAUAUAAUAAUGUCCGAUAUCGAUGGAGUUCUGAGAGACUCCAUUAAACCUAUCGAAGGCGCUUUCGAGGCUUUAGCGGCGUUGCAAAAUUUGGGGAAGCAAGUGUAUUUAGUGACAAAUAACAGCACGAAUAUGAUGGAAAAUUUUUGUAAAACUGCUCAAUGUGCCUCUUUGAAUGUGACUCCGGACCACGUAAUUAACAGUACCAGAGUGAUCGUCUGGUAUUUGAAAAAAAUCGAUUUUCGUGACGAAGCUUUCGCCAUCGUUUCAGAGUUGUCUCGUAAUAUACUAGAAAAAGCAGGGAUACGACUAGUAGAGGAACCAAAAACUUCUCUCACAGAUAUAGCUGCAAAUAUAAAAGAAGUCUUAGAUAGACCAUCUGUUAAAGCUGUAAUUGUUGACUUUGAUGUUAAUUUCAAUUGGUCAAAGUUAGCUUUGGCCAUAUCGUGCCUUAAACGUAAAGAUGUGUUAUAUAUAACUGGAGCAAUGGAGGAAUGGUUUAAUAUACAAACAAUACAGCAAAUUAAAAUUUUAGGUCCUGGACCUUUGAUAAAUCUUAUCAGUACACAAAGUCAAAGAAAUCCAAUUUUAUGUGGUAAGCCCAGCCAAGCAUUAAAAGAUUUCAUUUUGGACACGUGCAAAGUGACCAAUCCACAAAGAUGUUUGUUCAUCGGUGACACGGCUGAUCAAGAUAUGAAAUUUGCAUCAAUGUGUGGAUUUAUAAAGCUUUUCGUUGGAACUGGGAGUGACACUCUAGAAAAGACGCAAGAAGAGGAAGAUACUUGUCCUGAUUACUAUCUUCCCGCUUUAAGUCAAUUAUUUUCUGCCUAUGACAAAUAGUGCAAUGCACGGUGAUAAGAAUAAUUAAUUGUUUAUUCUUUCUUUGGAAGAUAAAAAAGAUCAGUCUUUUUUUGACAAUAUCAAUUGCUCAAAUUGGCACCAGCUUGUUAAUAUAAAUUGUAAAAGAUUAUUACAUAAAUGUAAUAAUGUAAUGCGUGUAUGUGAGCGUUAAAUUAUAUC